UAUGAUCCAUGUCCUCUCUGCGCGACCAUGCCUUUGCAAUGUGGCCUGUUUUCUCUCUUUAGAAACCUACAAAGUUUGUGAGAAACCUGUCUGCAUCCAACGAGCCGGGCUUAUCACUGAGUACCUGAAUAAGUCCGCUGACCCAUGCACUGACUUCUACUCAUAUGCCUGCGGCGGAUGGAUGUCAAAGCACAAGAUACCAGAGAGCAAGUCAAAGACGGGCAGCUUUGACAUCCUACGCGACGAACUCAAGGAGACACUUCGAGACAUUUUAGGAAACAUGACCCUUGUUGGGGAGAACCAGAAUGUAACGGACAAAGCUGCUCUCGUCUAUAAUGCUUGCGUGGCUGUGCCGGAUCUUGAAGAUCGGUACGACGUCAUCCUUGCUAUUAUGAACGAUUCGGGACUUGCUCAGUGGCCCAAAACGCGCCAGGAGAAAGACAUGAACGGCAAUGCUAAAAACUCCCAGGACGUCCUCGCCCAGAUGAGAAUUUCAGCUAUUCUUUCUAUUCGAGUCUCAAGAGCUUUUCGGAAUCUUAGUGCCAACGUCAUUCAGUUUGAUCAGCUGAAAUUCUCAACGGUGGGUAGAAACCAACUCAUCAAUCAAACCACCAAGUACAGCAAGCCAAUUAUCGCUGCCUACAAGAGGCUUAUUAAAGUGGCGAUGAAGUUCAUGAAGCCCAACCUGUCUGACGCCGUGCUCACCGAACUUUCCGACAAUCUUCUAGCUUUUGAAGGAAAGCUGGCCAAUAUGACAUUGCCACUCGAGGAGAGGCGAGAUUUCUUAAAACUUUAUCACAGAACCACCAUCGAAGAAUUGGAGAAAAAUUUCUCUCACAUACCUAUUCACUGUUUACUUCAGAAGGAGUUUUCUCGAGUAAAUAUUACGUUAGCUCGCAACGAGACCGUUGAACUCUUCGCACUGGAGUACUACAAGAAACUUAAUGAAUUUCUGCGAUGUGCUGACCCUGACACCUUGUUCAACUACGUCGGUUUGCGUCGCAUUCUGAGGUGGGCUGCGACCGGGUCGCAAGAAUUCCGCAACGCUUCAUUCGAGCUUCGCAAAGUGAAAGCGGGAGUACGUGAACAAAGGCCGAGGUGGCAACAUUGCGUCGAUGUGGUGAAUGAUGCGAUGCCCGCAAGUGUGGGCUACCUCUACGUGCAGCGCAAGUUUAGCCAAGAGGCCAAGAAAGAGGUUGAAGAUCUUGCGAAAAGGAUCAUGGCCGCCUUCAAUGAAUCUCUACAGACCCUUCAAUGGGUGGACGAAAUGACUAAAGCUGCAGCAGAGAUGAAGCUGAAGAAAAUGGGAACGAAAAUUGGAUAUCCUGACUGGCUACUCAACACGACGUACAUUGAGGGACUUUACAAAUUUGUACCAAAUUUUUGCCUCAACGCCCCCUACGGAGAGAUGAUGUACGCAAUAUCACUAAACAGCUGGAAGCAGCAAAUGCUGAAGCUGCGACGACCAUACGACAAAGACGCCGAGUGGCUAGAUGGGGCUGCAGUUGUCAAUGCCUUCUACAAUCCAAGUGCAAACGAAAUGGUCUUCCCUUCGGGAAUUCUUCAAGGGGUCUUCUAUGAAUAUGGACUUCCACGUUCCAUGAACUUUGGAGGCAUUGGCAUGGUGAUUGGCCACGAAAUGACCCAUGGAUUCGACGACACAGGAAGUCAGUUCGACGCAGAAGGUGCCUUGAAACAAUGGUGGACCAAAGGCACUCGCACUGAAUUCAACAACAGGGCCAAAUGUUUCGAGUUUCAAUACGGAAAUAUCACCGACAAACAAGCUAAUAUGACGCUAAACGCCAAAAGCACUUUGGGCGAGAACAUUGCUGACAACGGUGGACUCCGUCUGGCGUUUGAGGCGUAUAAAAAACUUCUAGAAUUAGAGUACGGAAACGUAGACACUCGCCUAAAGGGUCUAGAAAACAUCACCGGGAAGCAGCUGUUCUUCAUCGCAACCGGAAUGAUGUGGUGCAGCUUGAGCCGACCAGAAUACCUUAAGCAGCAAAUUCAGUACGACCCACACAGCCCAUCUCAAUACAGAGUCAAUGUGCCUAUGUCAAACAUGGCGGCCUUCUCCGAUACCUUCAAGUGCCCAGUGAACUCGUCGAUGAACCGGAAAGACCGGUGCAAGUUGUGGUGAGGAAUUGUCACCAAUGAAGAGCAAGCAAGGCUAGCGAGUUUUGAGGUUUCCCAGCUUAUACAGCGAGCUGGAGCUCAUGUACUAACCAGCACAUUGUUAAAAUAAAAAAUGUUAAACCCUA